CUUGUACAUACACGACAUCAUAGUUGCAUACCGCAGACGCGAAUUGUUAUGGAUUAGUGGAAGUAUUGGUGCAACCGUAUCUCAACAGACGCGGUAGUAUAGCGUCGUUAGUUGUCAUUCCCGCCUGGAACUUCCCUAAAUUAGCUGCUUACGUUAUCGAUUUGAGGCUGCACCUCGGCGCCUCGGAAAACAGUAGACAAUUGGACCAUUUGCCAACUGAAGCAAUUGGAGCAGGCCAAACCAUAAUGACGCUAGUCUAGUAUCGAAUAGACAGCGAUUAUGCAGCCUGCUCCGCUCGAUGGAGCGGGUCAUCCAGCUACAAACGAGGCCUGGGCGCGACUGUUGGAACUCUUGCAGAAUGCGCAAGCUGCCAGGCCUGGAAACGCCGGAUAUCCAGCUUACAACCCCGGUGACAUGGAAGAUGCUUCCCUCGAAGCUGAGUCGACAACUUCUGCUGACAGCUCUCCAGCGCGGCCUGACAGCCCCGGGGAGCGGCGAGCAUCAUCCUCCCAUGCGACCGCCAUCCCCCACCAACCCCUUUACCUUCAGCAGACUCAACCCCGACAACACCCGCAGUCCGCAAACGCGCACCGCAGCUUUGCGUAUCUCAGCCAGUUAAGUCGCAGACCGCAGGCCGUGACAGCUGCAGCCACAUCCGGAGCAAUUGCCGCCCAGCCCGUGGAUUCUGAGGACCCUGAAGCCUCGGUUUCCGCAUCGGCGGAACGCCAUCGAUUGGCGACGGACAGCUCGGGGAUAAGCCUCUCGGUGUUGGCUGAGUGGGUGUCGGACUUGGUGCCCUUCACGCUGCUGCUGCUGUGGGUGCUCAUACUGCAGCACACCAACGUUCUGCUGCUGCUGGUGCUCCUCUCCAGCUCCAUCCUUGCAGCCAACGCAGACAUCCGCAAAACCCUGGCCAUGCGCACAAGUCAACCGCCACCGCCAUCUGCCCCACCCUCCACCAACGCAGCCGCGUCCGCGACGUCCGCCGACCUUUCCAUCAGCAGCGGCAGUUCCAAUGCUGCCCUCCGGGGUGCAUCGAGCAGCAGCAGCAGCCGCAUCCUCGCAGCAGCCGCGUCAGUGGCUUCUUGGUUUGGUUCCUUGUUUGCUGCAGGCAGCUUGACACGUCAGCUGCUGCGGGUGGUGGGGGUGACGGCGGCGGCGGUGCUGGCAUGCGUGACUGAUGAGCCCCGGGUGCUACGGGUGCUGGCGUUGCAGCGAGUGUCUCCGGAUAGCGUCCUAGACGCCUUGCUGCUGGUGCUUCUGGGCGAUUCCUUCCUGCGCCUGGCAGCCAUGUUGCCUAAACUGGCAACCGUAGCCUGGUUCCGCUACCGUCUUAGUAGCAUCAUUGCCAGCAGCAACAGCAGCAACAACGCACGGGGCGGCAGCAGCAGUAGCAGCGUCUGGGGCAGGGGCACCAGAUUGCUCCGGAGGUGGUUCCUAGGAGGCUCCUCCUCCUCCUCCUCCUUAGCAGCGGGGACCUCAAGAGACGGCGCAGGAGGCGGGUGCGGCGGGUGCUGCGCGGCGGGGGGCGCAGCAGGGAGCUGGUGUGCCCGGUUGUUAUGGAGCGGGGGCGGGUUGUGGGCGGGAGGUGGAGGUGGAGGUGGAGGCGGCUCCUCAUAUCUGACAGCGGGGGCCGGUAGUGGCGGUGGUGGCGGCGGCGGCAGCGGGGGUACUGCUCGUGCGUUGCGGCAACAGUCCCGAGUGCUGACGGCGGUGGAGCGGGGCGUGGCGGCGUACCGAGCGGUGAUACCGGCACCCGUGUGGUACGGCUACCUGUUGCACGGCAGUGGCUUGUCGCCCGUACCCGCAUCCCUGUUCUGCGGCUUCUACCUCGCCCUCAAGGCGCCGUACGUCAUAGCACAGGUGAAGCUGCUGGUGCUGGCGUUACGAGUGGCGUUACGGCAGGGUGCGCUGUACGGCACCUACGUUGGACGAGACGGCGAGAUGGGGAGUUUCGGAGCAUGUCCCGUGUGCCAGGACCCGGUGAGCUGCGCGGUGCGGUUGGACUGCGGCCACGUGUUCUGCGAGGAGUGCAUCGUGGAGUGGAUGGAGCGGGACCGCACCUGCCCCAUGUGCCGAGCGAAUGUGCGACCCGCAGGUCUGCCGGCGUGCAACGACGGCGCGUCACCGCUGCUGCCGCAGGUGUUUUGAGGCCGUGCUGUAUACGGCAUGUGAUGAUGGGCUGCGAUGCGGGGUGGAGUGUGGUGGGGGGUGCAGGAGCGCAUGUGGGUGGGAGCUGCGAGUGAGGCUGUGCGGUGGCAAUUGCUGUGGGGCUGUUUGCGGGUUGGGUUGUUCUGCGGGGUACACAGGCCCUCGUGUGGGCAUAGCAUGCUGGUCAGGGCAUCACAGCAUCGACGAAGGCGCCGGUUUGCGAUGACCCCCUCCAACUUCAAGGUGCAGCGUACACAUGAGUACAUGAUGAUAUGAGCCUUAUCAUGGCGCCUCAUGGGCGCAUAAGCUGAACCGUUGAAAGCUAGGUCAAAGCAUUUUCACGCGUGUCUGGCGUUUUCCGGUUGUGAGGGGUCCCCUGUAACCCCCCGUCAAGCGGCGCAGCAGGCCGGGUUACGUGCAUGUAACCGCUCACACACAUCGGCAACAUCCCAACUGCUUGCUCUUGUUUCCGCUCAACUACACAUCGGCAAUCACAGUACUACAAUUCCGACUCGCGGCCAGUUUUCUUCACACACUGAGGUACCAACAC